AUGGCUGCUGCCUCCGUGUCGGCGUUGCCCCCCACGCUGCUCGAGCACAUGGGCCAGGCGGGCACGGCCGCUGAUCUCACUGUCCUCGUGGCCCAUAUCCAGAGCGCGUGCAAGCGCAUCGCGGCUCUCGUAGCGUCCCCCGGCAACGCCGAGCUGUCGCGGGCCAAGGCGGGGGGUGGGGCUGUGGCGGCCGGGCGUGACGCGCCUAAGCCGCUCGACGAAUUGUCGAAUGAUAUCAUCUUGUCAUCGCUCCAAAGUUCUGGAAAGGUUGCAGUGCUAGCGUCCGAAGAAAAUGAUCUGCCCAUUUGGAUAUCUAAUGACGGUCCAUAUGUUGUUGUUACCGAUCCGCUUGAUGGUUCUCGCAACAUUGAGGUCUCCAUACCUACUGGAACAAUAUUUGGGAUCUACAAUAGGCUGGUGGAGCUCGACCAUCUCCCUCUGGAAGAGAGAGCUCAGCUCAAUUCACUGCAAAGUGGAACUCGCCUUGUUGCUGCUGGGUAUGUCCUGUACUCAUCUGCCACCAUCUUGUGUAUCAGCUUCGGUGCAGGUACCCAUGCUUUCACAUUGGAUUGGUCGACCGGAGAAUUCAUCCUUACACAUCCUUCCAUCCAAAUACCCCCUAGAGGGCAGAUAUAUUCGGUGAAUGACGCUAGGUAUUUUGACUGGCCCGAGGGCUUAAGGAAGUACAUUGACACAAUCAGACAAGGCAAAGGACAGCAUCCAAAGAAGUACUCAGCUCGCUAUGUGUGCUCACUGGUUGCUGAUUUCCACCGGACGCUCAUAUAUGGUGGGGUUGCUAUGAACCCAAGGGAUCAUCUGCGGCUGGUUUAUGAGGCAAAUCCUCUCAGUUUCCUUGCUGAGCAAGCUGGGGGUAGAGGGUCAGAUGGCAAGAACAGAAUCCUCACCAUUCAGCCUGUGAAGUUGCACCAGAGGCUGCCCUUGUUCUUAGGGAGCAUGGAUGACGUGCUUGAGUUGGAAAGCUAUGGAGAUGUCCAGCAGAAGGUUAAUCCUGGAUAUGAAGUUUAA